GUUCAAGGAACAACCUAGAAUAAACGCCACUGGCUCAGCGUGUCGACUCACUUGCCCAUAUAUUUUUAAUUUUUUCACACUCACACUGAUCUCUAUAAUUAUCAGCGGUCAGCACGACAUUUCCGCUUGAGAUCAGAUUCUUCCUCCGCUCUCUCUCACUCUUAUCUCUCAGCUAAGCUCUCGAGGGGUGUUCUGGGGGUCGUCUUAUGUUAAAUUGCCCUGACAGUCUGUCUCAUUUAGAUCACAUAGAACAAUGGUGAAGGCUGUGGCUGUUCUUGGAAACAGUAACGAUGUCAAGGGUACUAUUUACUUCACGCAAGAAGCUGAUGGCUCUACUACAGUAACUGGAAAUGUUUCUGGCCUUAAGCCUGGUCACCAUGGCUUCCAUGUUCAUGCACUUGGGGACACGACAAAUGGUUGCUUGUCAACUGGACCACAUUUCAACCCUGCUGGCAAAGAGCAUGGUGCUCCAGAGGAUGAGAAUCGUCAUGCUGGUGAUCUGGGAAAUAUCACUGCUGGUGCGGAUGGCACAGCCAAAAUCACAAUAACUGACAAGCAGAUUCCGCUUUCUGGACCAAAUUCCAUUAUCGGAAGGGCCGUUGUUGUCCAUGAAGAUGUAGAUGAUCUUGGCAAGGGGGGACAUGAACUUAGCAAAAGCACUGGAAAUGCUGGUGGCCGAGUAGCUUGUGGUAUUAUUGGUCUCCAAGGAUGAACUGCUCAUCCCGGCUCCCAAUCCCGCUGAUGCAGAACAUCUCUCCCGCUCGUAGGCUUGUGAAGAUCUCGAGCAAAACUCUAAAAUAAACGACAAACCUUUGUCAACUUUCUUUUGGGUGUCUGCUUUUGUGAUCAUAAAUUGGGUGCUACCUUGCUUCUCAUCUCUCUCUCUCUCUCUCUCUCUCUCUCUCUCUCUCUCAAAUGACUAUGCCAAGAUUUUACCAUUUUAGCAAUAUCUUUUAUUUAGCA